UAUAUUAUGGACAAGAUUUCACUUGCAACGAAAUCUCAGGCCAAUCUUUGAUGUCCUACGGCGCCAACGCAAGAAUAAAAUGGUUUUUUAACUCCCCAGGUGCUCCUUGGAUGGGAGGUGCAUGGGAAAGAUUGGUCGGUCUCACAAAAAAGGAAUUUUACAAGCCAUUGAUGUGCACAAUAACAUGUCGCAUUGAAGCGAUCCUCAACACGCGACCACUUACCAAGCUAAAUUCUACCGAUUUGACAGAAAUUCCCUUAAAGCCAGUCGAUUUUUUGAGAGGCAAUUUUCGGUGGAGCACAGAAUACCUCAGUGCAUUGAGCAAAUCGCAAAAAUCUAAUCUCAAGCAACCGCGCCACCUAACCAGAAUGAUUCCAGUUGAAGGCGAGUUAGUCCUAAUUGAAGAAGACCUACUCCCUAGAGGUAGCUGGUCAUAUGGGAAAGUCGUUGAAACUAUUAAAAGUGCAGACGAUUUGUGCAGAUCAGCACAAAUGAUGCUACCAAACCGCAAAAUCAUUCAGCGGCCCCUAAAUAAGCUCUUUCCGCUAGAGAUACGAAGUCUUCCCGACACCAGAACC